UUUUGUUUAUUCCCCUUUUACCCCUCAUUCACUCUACACAGGAAAAGAAGAUCCUUUUGGACUGAUGUCUCACCCACUUCUCUCUUCUCUCACCAGCGGAAAUCCACCGCCGGCAGGUCUUUAAAUUUCCAUCUCGAUUGAAAUUUGAACCCUGCAUUUAGCCGGGAAAUUAUACAGAGAAACAAAGAAAGACUGAGAGAAAGAAAGGGACCUGAAUGGAGAUGAGUGUUCUUGAUUCUGUGUGACGAGGAAAGAAAGACUGAGAGAAAAAAGAGAGGGACCUGAAUGGAGACGAGUGUUCUUGAGAUCAACUUGAUCUCCGCGCAAGGCUUGAAGCUGCCCUCGUCUCACCUGGGAACCCAACAGACCUACGCGGUGGCAUGGGUCGAUUCGUCCACUAAGCUUCGAACCCGAGUAGACCGAGUGGGCGCCGAAAACCCUACCUGGAACGACCAGUUCUUUUUCCGAGUCACGCCCGAUUUCCUCUCCAGUGAAACCUCUGGCGUCUCCGUUGAAAUCUACUCCGUCGGGUACCUCCGUGACCGGCUAGUUGGAACUGUCCGCUUCCUCAUCAGCAACCUCCCUCGUUCUCCCCUGAAAACCCCCUCCUUCAGCGCCCUCCAGAUCCAACGCCCUUCCGGAAGGUUCCAUGGCGUUAUGAACAUUGCUGCCAUGCUUAUUAGCUCCUCCGAUUUCGUCUCUCUCGACGGAGUAUCGGCGAUUGGGUAUCGCGAUCUCAUGGGCAAGGGCAGACGUCGUUUGAGCCGCCGUGACAACCGCCGCAAACCGUCCAAUUCUUUGAGCAUGGAUCUCUCCGGAGAGAAUCCUCACUUCACCGCUGAUUCUGAUUCGAUAGAUUCAUCAGACGGCGCUGAUUCGACGACUUCUUCUUCGUCAACAGCAUCGACGGCGUUAAGGGACUGGAAUGGGGUACGAGAUUUGGCGGGAACGAAUCUCAUGAGGUCAUCAUCUGCUGCUUGUGGGCUCUCUCUCUGUGGUUUACUCUGUCAGAGUAAAGUUGGUUUCGGAACGUUGGAUCAGAACUCUCUGAAAGACAGAAACUAAAGGUACGGUCGAGAUUGCUUUGGGGAGACUACGAAGAUAGCCGAUGAACCGUAGAGAUCGUUUUUGUACUGUUACAUUGAUUCACCUGGUCCGUCCAAUCAGUGACUUUUAGGCAAUGAACUGUAGAGAUCUCCUCUCCUGUCUACUACUCUACUAGGCAUUGUGAUUGGUUGUGAAUUGUUUCUACAAUUUAAUCUUUUUACUUGUGAAUUCUUGGAUUUACAAUCUCAAGGCAAUAAGAAAAAUUCAUAUUGCUUUGUUUGAA